CAGGAGGAGUGAGAGAGGCGACACAGAUAGGCGACCGGCCGACAAUAUUUGGACUUAGUUUGUUGCGACCACCCAGCGACAGUUACGACUUUUUAUUUUUUUAUUAUUAUUUUAUUAUCACCAUGACAACUUAAAGUGUGCGCGAGCAGAACGAUAAAUGCGUUUUGAAACGUGUUGGUGGGCGCAGCUGCGAGAAGGGGAAGUUGUGAGGAGAUAGAGGAAAACAUAAACCUCUAAAAAAAAAAAAAAAAAGAAGUGUUUCUUUUCUUUCUUUCGGCGUCAACUUCAAGUCAACUCUCGUCUUGGUCGUGGGGUGUUCAGGGGGCAUGGACACCCACGUUAAGGAGGGACAGCUUUAUGUGCAGCAUCAGAAGUUUGGAAAGAAAUGGAAGAAAAACUGGUUCGUCCUCUACCCUGCCAGCCAAAACGGCAUCGCUCGCCUUGAGUUCUAUGACUCACCCUCAGGAGGAGGAGCUGGGGCCGGCGGAGGCUCGGGGAGCGGGUCCAAUGAGAAAACCAGAAAACUUGACAAGAAGAUCAUCCGCUUGUCCGAAUGUAUUUCCAUCCUGCCGGCGCUGAUGGAGAGCUGUCCCAAAGACAACAUGUCAGCCUUCUGCGUGGAGACCAACGACAAGACGCAUGUGUUUGCUGCGGAGAAAAACGCUGUCAAAGACUGGAUGGACACCAUGUGUGACAUCGCGUUUCAGGGAGGAGGUAGCAGCAGUGACUCUGCUGCUGCAGACUCUAUUGGUGGACCAAAGGACCUGCAGAUGUCUGAAAACCUCAUCUACUACUCCAGAGAGGAGGUGAAUGAGUUUUGGGUGAGCGUUCAACGGACUGAGGCUUCAGAGCGCUGUGGGCUGACAGGCAGCUACUUGCUGAAGGCAGAGAGCGACGUCUUAAUCUUGAAAGAGCCAAAGACCAAGAGGAACGUCAUGGUGUGGCCUUACAAGCUGCUGAGGAGAUACGGGCGAGAUCGGGUCAUGUUUUCGUUUGAGGCAGGCCGACGCUGCGACUCCGGCCCCGGUAACUUCACUUUCGAGACAAAACAAGGCAACGACAUCUUCCUGCUUGUGGACCAGGCCAUCCAGUCCCAGAAGGUACUGGCGGAGGAGCGCCACCUCAGCUGCCCCAUCAACCUCGAAACAGACUGCCCUGCCUCGCUGCAGCACAUACGCAACGCUGUUCCUAUUGGCAUGGGGGCAGGAAGCGGAGACAGCAGCAGCAACAGCAGUCGGGAGGCAGAUGGGGAUUCAGGCGGCAGCAAACCAGGCUCUGCUGACGGAGUGCUCGGGAAGAGAGAAGGUGGAGAUGGAGGAGGGGGAGGAAGGGGGCAGGGAACAUCAGGACACAAAGGGAGGAGUUUACCAGAACCACCAGCCAUGUUGAGUCAUUUGGGGGGAGACGUGGCUCCUUCUAGGUCCCCUAGGGGGCAGGCAGCAGCUAAAGGUCUUUCCUCAGCUGAUGAACAUGCAGGUCUUUACUCUGAGCCUGUCGAUUCAGUCCGCCUUCCUCUGCACAGCACUGACUGCCUCUACUCCGACCCGGUGGACACCAUCAAGGGUCAAAGCAAAACCAGCAACCUAGCCACACAUCCAGUGCCCGUCCCACGCCAACGACCAGUAGGAGACGAGGCUUCAGGCGGAGGGGUCCAAGGGGAUCUCCAUGAUGGCAGCAAGCACAGGAUGCCACCGGACCUGUACUCUCACGUGUACGAUCACAUCAGCCUAGAGCUCAGCCAGAAAACCAGCGCCAUGAAUCUAAAUGGGGCUGCAGGAGGAGGAAGAGGGGUGAACAGUAACAGGCGACCCCCAGGAGGUCAGGCAGAAGGGGCUUCACCAGCUCCUGCUCUUCCUGUCGAGCACAUUUAUGAUGAACCGGAAGGUCGCGCCAAAGGAAGCGCGACCAUCUCGGUCAGUUCAGGGAUAAGUAUAUACGACGAGGCCCGUUUGGAACCCCACAGUCAGAGGCGACAGGAAGAGUUGCCUGACGGGAAUUACAGCGCCCCCUCCCCGGGAAAAGUGUCAGAGCCUCAUAGACAGUCUCCGCCACAGCUCGGCCCGAGUCGAGGAACGCCACAACCUCCAGCUCCGAGGUGGCCCAAACCUAGCCCUACUCCAAAACCGAGCAGGGGCAUUUUUGCUCGCAAAGAGCCCGUGCCUCUGCCUCCUGGGAAACUUGGAGGUCCGGGCAGUAAUGUCAACAACAAUAACAAUAUUUGGGGUGGGAGAGGAGACGGCGGAAGAGAUGGGAGGGAACUGUACAGCAAAGUCUCUAAGCAGAAAAGUCAACCUGCUAACUCGUGGUGCAGUCAGCAACACACUCCGUCGUUGAGAUCCCCUGAUAUCAUCUAUGACAAUUUGGGGGAUAUUUGACAUCCUGUAUGGUCUCUUCUUUUGGGGAAAAUAAAAGAAAGCAGAAAAUACAACACUGAGAAGACAGUUUUGGUGGAUACUUUUAGUCCAGGUCUAAGCGCGUCUCUACAGUCUGUGGAAUCAUUAAUGAAGACAAUAGAUCAAUUCAGAGUAGAGUCGCUCCAGACUGUGAGAAGACCACAUUAUGCAAGCAUUUGAAACAUGUAGUGCAACUGUUUAAGGGCCACCCUCUGUGUGUGUCUGUGUUUGAGAAAGAGUGAGUGUUUGCAUGGUCAAACCCAUAAUUGGAGUACCGAUCCACAUUGUGGUUGAAACCAGCCACUUCACUUGGACACACACUCGCACACCACACACCACACACGUCUGCCAAAGGAGCGUCGGCUGACAGGCUUCACUUUAACAAGCGGGGAGAGCGGCUUGGCUCUUAGUUUCUAAAUGUAUGCCAAAAGUAUGAAGGGACUGUGAAACAUGUUUUUUUGCACUGCUGCUUUUGCGUUAUUCUGCAAUUUGGGGACUUUGGGACGGCUGGAAAUUGUGGUUUGACGGGUGAGAGCUAACUUUAAGGCGUUGAAUCUACCAAAAGAAGCUUUGUCUUCUGAUAGUGUUUUCUGGCCUGAUCUGUCUUCCUGAAUCCCGUUAAACCUCUGAGGUUUUAAUCAUUUACAGCCUAUAUUAACAUGCAAUGUGGUUGUAUUUUAGGAUCCAGUAAAUGUAAAAACAUUGAUGCUAACUGUUCUGCAAGAAGCAUGAAAACUAGGUCGUCACAUGUAGCCCAUGUGGCCACUGAAUUACAGAGGCGACUUCCUGCACAGGUGAAUUAAUGUGUGAAUUAUGUGUCUAUGUACAGUAAAAUUAAAUAUGAAACUAAUCAUUCCCCUGUAUGUGUGUUAGUAUGUUUCAGAAACAGCUGUGCUGUCUGUAAAUACAACUAAUAAAAAUGCCUCCAAAAACUGCAGAAA